UUGCUCCCUCUCCUCUCCUCCCCCCGAGACGGAGCAAUGCGUGGGUCUUCGUCGUCCACGCCGCCACCACGACGGAAGGAGCAUGUGUUUGACGCCCGUGCGGUGCUUGCCAACGCGCUGAGCGCUGGUGAGGUGGCAGCCUUUGAGCGGCACGUCAUCCGCCACGGGGUCACCACCCUCAUCGCCGACUUGGUGGCGGCUGGUAUCUCGGACGAUGCCAUCCAAAGGGUGGUAUACGAGCUCGAGUCGCGCCCGCGAACUGUCGGCCUCAUUGUCGAGCGCCACAUCACAGAGGCCGAGCGACUGCGGUUCGAGGCCGUCGUCGCUGGCGGCAAGUCAUCGCUGGGCAACGAUCUGGCCGCCGCUGGCGUGGCUCCGGGCACCAUCCGCAACAUCCUGGUCGAGAUCGAAAACACAAAGUACAUGUUCCGCGUCCGCAAGGAGCUCGAGAGCGCCCUCGGCCCCGAGGCCUGGGCAGUCUUUCAGACCCACAUCUUCACCAAGGGCAAGACCUCGCUGCCGGCCGAUCUGUUCUCCGCCGGCGUCGUCUCGGCCGAAGACAUCGAGCCCAUCAUGAGCAGGGUCCGCCUCGCCCGCAUCGAGGCCGACAACGCCAUUGCCGCCGCCACCCGCGGCCUCGCCGCCCCGCCGCCGCCGCCGCCCUCGCCGCCGCCGCCGCCCUCGCUCGCCUCGGUCCUCGAGCUUGUCCUUGACGCCAACGAAAUGGCUGCGCUCGUGCAUCACGUCGCCCGGAAUGGCAAGGGUACACUCAUGGGCGACCUCCGUGCGGCAGGCGUCUCCGAAGCCGCCAUCGCUACCGUCAUGGCUGCUGUCGCCGCCCCUCCCGAGCUCGACACCAUCCUUGCCCACGAGCUCACCGUCUCCGAGCUCAAGGCGCUCCGCAGCUACAUCGCUCGUCACGGAAAGACCUCGCUCACCGCAGACCUCACCGCCAUCGGCGCCGCACCCACCCGCAUUUCCGCCGUUGUCGAAGCCUGCGCCAACACCGCGGCCUCCCUCCGCGCCGCUCUUCCGCACAACCCCAACGCCAGCGCCUCGACCAUCUCCACCUCGUCAUCAACAGAGUAGCAAGCUCG